AUGGACCAGUGGAUAGAUGAGAACAUUGAAAGAAUCGAUUUUGAGGAUUUAUUAGAGCUCGAUAGAAAAAUCAAACAACAUUUUUACAUAACAGCUUGCUCAUUUGGAGCAGCAGUAAUAAUCCAGCAAUCAGUCAUACGAAAUCCAAACUAUUUAUCUGAAAGCAAAGGACUUUUAAGAAUAUUUAAGGGAUCUUUUUGGAUUUUAUUUCCUUUUAUAACUGGCUAUUAUGGCUACACAACUGGCGCAAAGAGAAGAGAUAGUUAUGUUAGAAAGCUCAUCAACAAAUAUGAUGAAAUCGAUUUUGAUCCUGAUGAAGAGACUAAUAAUGAAACUAAUGAUGACACUAGAAAUAAUAAAUCUAACUAG